AUGCAAGCAGUUCAUACGAGGCCCCGACAAGCCGACGAAAUCGCUGCUGCUGCUGCUGCUGUUCCUGCAGCAGCAGCAGCAGCAGCAGCAGCAGAAACAGCUGUUGCUGCUCCAUUUGUUUACAUAAGAGCCGUAAUAUGCAGAAGACACCGCUCUAAGGAGAGAGACAGCAGCAGACAAGCGCAGCAGCAGCAGCAGCAGCAGCAGCCUGGCUACAGCAGCAGCAGCAGCAGCAGCAGCAGCAGCACUAGCAAUAGCAGCAAACGCCACCAGAGCACCGAAAUAGCAGCAGCAGGAACAACAGCAGCAGAAUUCACUGCAGCAGCAGCAGCAGCAGCAGCAGCAGCAGCAGCAGUGGAGACCCCACAGCAGAGGAGACAGCUAUGGCAGCAGCGGCAGCUGCAGCAGCAGCAGCUGCUGCUGCUGUUGUUGUAG